AAAAAAGUAGUUUUCGAAAUCUGAAAAGAGAGAAUAGAACUUGAAAUUCGUCUCGGAUCGUGAAUUUGAAUUCAGUUUUUGUUGCUGCAGGGCAAUUUUUUUAAUUUUAAAAAUCAUCUAGCAUGGAGAUUGUGAUUAUCCCUUGAGAACCCUAAUUCGAUUCGGUUUUUGAUCGAUUUGUUCACGGACGCGAUUUCGAAUUAGAUUCCUUUUUUUUUCUCUGUAAUCUGAGAAAAGAUUCGGAUUUUUUGUGGGUUUGGUUUGGAUUACAUGCUUGUUGCUGGAUCUGAUUGUUCUAGAACCCUAAUUGGAAUGGGCAAGGAUGAUGAGAGCGUGGUAAUGGUGGAUGUCGAGGAAGGCGAAAUCUCCGAUGCAGCGUCGGUGGAGGAGAUCACCGGAGAUGAUUUUUCCAGGCUAGAGGAGAAGCCUUCUCAGGCGGCGGCCAGCGGCGGAGACAGUGCCGGAGGAAGAGGAGGGAGUAAUGGUGGUAAUCCAAGGGUAUGGACGAUGCAUGAUCUGCUCACUAAGUACCCAGGUUUCCGAGGUUAUUCGGCUUCGGGUCUGUACAAUUUUGCUUGGGCUCAAGCUGUGCAGAACAAAUCUCUCAAUGAAGCAUUGAGAAUGGAAAUCGAACCGAGUGAAAACGGAAACGGAAAAGGAUCUUCACAGGGUAAAAGCAAAGAAGGUGAUAGGCUUGUGAUUGAAGAUAGUGACGAUGAGAAAGAGCAAGGUGAAUUGGAGGAAGGCGAAAUCGAUUUAGAGUCUGUCUCAGAUGAUGAGUUGGGUGAUUUUGGAAGUCAGGCCGAAGCUGAAUCAGACAUUUCGCUGCCAGCUGAUUCCGAUGGUACUCAGAUCGGUACAAAGGCGGAAGAUUUAGAGAAAAAAGUGAAACUGAUCCGUGGUGUUUUGGAGAGUACAUCUUUGGUAGAAGCACAUACAGCAUUUGAAGGAGUGAGUUCCAGACUUUUUGGGGCUAUGGAAUCUUUGCGGGAUCUGAUUUCGGAAAACGAUGAUUUCCCGAAGAGGGAUACUCUAGUUCAACUGUCAUUUGCUGCACUUGAAACCGUAAACUCUGUGUUCUGCUCCAUGGACAAUAUGCCCAAGGAGCUAAAUAAGGAGACUAUGUCGAGGUUGCUUUCUCUUGUAAAGAGUCAUUUUUCUCGAUUCCUGUCAUCUAAUCAGAUCAAAGAGAUAGAAUCCAUGAUUCAGUCGCUAAGUUGCUCUCAUGGUGUACUUUAUGCUGGAUCUGACUAUAAGGAGAAAGAGGGGAUGGCGAUUGGUGGAAUUGCUCAGAAAAGUAAUGGCGUUAUGGCAGCAGAUUUUGGCUGUCCGAUUCCUUCUAUGAAUGCCAAUAACAUAUCAUCAGAAGCUUCGAAACGAGGAACAUCUAAUUUAAGAAGUAGAGCGCCAUUGCUUCCGCUGCUUGAUCUUCACAAGGAUCAUGAUAUAGACAGCCUUCCCUCACCGACAAGGGAACCGACUCCAUCCUUACCUUCGAACAGGCCUCAUCCUUUUCAUUUUACUGUGGUUAAACUGGGUACUCCUGUCGGUAAAGUUCACCCAUAUGAGAGUGAUGCCAUCAAAGCAGUUUCUAGCUAUCAGCAGAAGUUUGGUCGUAAUUCGUUCUUUAGGACCUACGAUGACCUUCCAAGUCCGACGCCAUCAGAGGAAUCUAAUAAUGGCAACGGUGAUAUUUGUGGCGAGGUUUCCAGUUCUGUUGUUCACAGCUCGAAGCCUGGGAGACUCGUGAUUCCUGGGCAUGAUGUUCCUUUGCCAUCCAGUUUGAACAUUAGAAACCAUCUUCCAAAUAAUACAUCGGAUCCGACAGCAAAACCCUCUGCGAAGAGCAGAGACCCGAGGCUUCGGUUUGCCAAACUUGAUGGUUCGGCUUUACCCUCUGCAAAUCAGAAUUCUUCGAGCAGUGUCGGUAAUAAACCGAGAGUGGAGUCUUCUGGAGGAUUCAUUAGCUCAAGAAAGGUAAAAGCCGGUGAUGUGCCUCUUAUCAAUGGUCCUGCUUGGAAAAGGCGAAAGAACGGAUUUGAAAGUCAUGAAGGUGUUAAGGAUUUGGCAAAGGCAGCUGGUACCAGUGGGUGGCUUGAGGAGACAGAUUCAUCAAGAGUGAAUCCCAUUCCGAGGACAAUGGAAAAUGGAGCAACAACAUCAAUGGCGAUGGCAAGAAGUUUUACGCCCAGCAAUGGCGUUUCCAUGACAUCUGUAACUAAUACCUCCACUGGUUCAUUACCAUCGCUUUUGAAGGAUAUUGUUGCAGUUAAUCCUACAAUGUUAUUGAACCUCCUUAAGAUGGGAGAAAGGCAGAGAGAAGUAACUGAGAGUAGUACUCCUCAGAAGCCCACGGACCCGAGAAGAGCAGCUCAACUUCCCGGCUCUUUCGUGCCGCCGGUUAGGUCACCUAAUUUGUCAAAGCCUGCAGGAGUGAUUCAAGAUUCAUCUCAAUCUGCCCCAUCAGAUGAAUCGGGAAGUAUCCGCAUGAAACCACGUGAUCCUCGACGAAUCCUGCAUGGAAAUACUCUUCAAAAAACCGGGAGUUUGGUGGAAAAUCGGUUCAAAGUGAGUGAACCUUCUACAUCUGGAACCAUAGCUGUGAAGGAUAAGGCGGAUGAGAGUUUCGAAAUCAAACCAGCAGCCUCCCAGUUUGUUCAACAGCAAGAUACUAGCCAGAAAGUUACGAGCAAUAUGAAUAAUCCUGGUGUUCUUCUCAACGGGAAGGAGCCAGAUAUUUCGACCCAAUUCACCAAAAAUCUGAAAAAUGUUGCCGAAGUGGUUGCCGUUUCACAAUUCAGCAAUCCUCCGGUUAAGACAGAGAAAGACAAAGACGUGAGACAGCGAGGUGUUUCGGCUUCGGCGACAGCUGCAACUGGUCCGGCUUGUUCUCUGAACAAUUGGGAAGUUGUUGAACAUCUUUUCGAAGGAUAUGAUGACAAGCAAAGAGCCGCUAUCCAAAGAGAGAGAUCGAGGAGGUUAGAGGAGCAGAAGAAAAUGUUUGCUUCUCAAAAGCUUUGCCUUGUACUGGAUUUGGAUCACACACUUCUUAAUUCAGCAAAGUUUAAUGAAGUCGACCCAAUCCAUGAUGAGAUUUUGAGGAAGAAAGAAGAGCAAGAUCGUGAAAAACCAUGUAGACAUCUCUUUCGAUUCCCCCACAUGGGAAUGUGGACUAAAUUGCGACCCGGGGUUUGGAAUUUCUUGGAGAAGGCGAGCAAGCUGUAUGAGCUGCAUCUAUAUACAAUGGGUAACAAGUUGUAUGCUACGGAGAUGGCGAAAGUGCUCGAUCCGAAAGGGGUUCUCUUCAAUGGACGAGUUAUCUCGAGAGGCGAUGAUGGAGAUCCCUUUGAUGGCGAAGACAGAGUUCCAAAAAGUAAGGAUCUUGAGGGAGUUUUGGGUAUGGAAUCUGCUGUAGUGAUCAUCGAUGACUCUGUCAGAGUGUGGCCCCAUAACAAAAUGAAUCUAAUCGUCGUAGAAAGAUAUACAUAUUUCCCGUGUAGUAGACGGCAAUUCGGGCUUCUGGGUCCUUCUCUUCUUGAGAUCGAUCACGACGAGAGACCCGAGGACGGCACAUUGGCAUCUUCGUUAGCGGUAAUAGAGAGAAUACAUCGGAACUUUUUCUCACACCCAUCGUUAGAUGAAGCGGACGUGAGAAACAUUUUAGCGGCGGAGCAACGGAAUAUACUGGCAGGUUGUCGGAUUGUAUUCAGUCGGGUUUUCCCGGUUGGCGAAGCAAAUCCGCACCUACACCCCUUGUGGCAGACAGCCGAGCAGUUUGGCGCUGUCUGCGCCACCCAAAUAGACGAUCACGUCACUCAUGUCGUGGCCAAUUCUCUCGGCACUGACAAGGUGAAUUGGGGUCUAUCAACAGGAAGAUUUGUGGUUCAUCCUGGAUGGGUCGAAGCAUCAGCUCUGCUUUACCGGAGGGCGAACGAGCAUGACUUUGCCAUCAAACCGUGAAUCUAUAUAUAUAUAUAUAUCGUUUUCGCCUCACGAAAAAAAAAACGAGCGGCAAAACUUAAGCCCGGAUGACGAAGAAAACCCGGCAUGAUCAUAACGAGAGUGAGCAGAUAGGGAACUUUGUUUUUCCAACCAAGGCAAAUGAGUGGAGAAUCUGCAAUGCCUUGGGGUCUAUUACUAUGACUAAACCCACCGAUUCUUUGAGUUGAGAGAGUGAUCGCUAUCAGUUCAAAAACAUGGGAUUUAGGGAAAGUGGGUGAAACCGUAUCCAGAUGUUACCAGAAACGUUUGAUAAUGGUCCGGAAGUGAUGAUGGGUUCAUGCCCAGAGGCUGAAAUCUGGAGACACGACGGGUCCAGGCUCCAUAUCCAUUCGCCAUGGCCGAAGAUCUGUAAAGGGUCGGAGCAUUUUCGAACCGAUUUGAUCGGAUAGUAUGUCUAGAUUUGGCAGUUAAUGAUCCUUACGGUCUCAAAAGCUGUAGCAUAAGCCAAAGCAACAAGAAGAAGAACAAGAACAGCAGCCCAGUCACAGACAGAGAUCUGUAUUGCCUGGUCGAAGAAGGUGGUCCUCGAAAAAAAAAUGAAAGAGAAAAUGGGAUUCACAGUGAGAAACAGUAAUCAUUGACUUGAGAGUUAAAAAAAAAGUUACUGUGGUUGCGUUAGUGACACAUUGCAGAGGGAUAUUACCAAGGAUGAGGUUGGAAUGA